UAGAGACACAGACACACUCGCCUCUAAAGAUGAAGCCAACCUCCCUCCUGCUGGUGCUCGUGGUAGCGGCGGCUGCCGUGCUGGCCAGCCCGGCGCCUGGCUCCUUAAGCCCUCUCUUUCACACGUACCCAGUUGGCUACGUGCCGGAUCGCUACGGCAUCAAGAAGUACUACCCCACGUGGCUGCAGGUGUCUCCCCACUACGUGCCGCGCGUCCACCUCAAUCCUCAUGACUCCAUCCACUUAGCCGACAUAGCCUAUGGGGGCUACGAUGGCUAUGGUGUCCUGAAGCCAUAUGGGGGAUAUGGAAAGCCUAAAAGCCACGGGCACCACGGCGGACAUUAUGGCUACGGGAAGAAAUUAAUAUACUAACGCGUCUUUUGUCCCAGAGAGGCGGGAGGUGGCCGAGUGGUUGGCCUGGCGCACAGCGGCCACCACCUGCAUCACACAAAUUGUACCUGAUACUUCUUCCGUGUGGGCACCACACCUACACACCCUCUAUGAUCCUUGCCCACCCUUUAUCUCAACUUGGGCGAAUAAAAUAAAA